AUGCGUGGUAGACAAGUAUACAAGGAUCGAGUACAUGCUGGCAAUGUAUUAGCAGACGCGAUUGCAAAGAAAUAUAAUAACGAGAACAAUGACAUUAUCGUUCUUGCGCUUCCAAGAGGAGGUGUUCCUGUGGCCUAUCAAAUAUCUCAGAGGAUGAAGACAUCUUUGGACGUAUUCCUCGUACGAAAAAUAGGCGUCGAAGGACAUGAAGAAUUGGCUAUGGGUGCUAUCUCAGAGACUGCUACAGUAUUCAACAAGGACGUCAUUAGCCAGAUCUCUGAAGAGUCAAUUCGCAGAGUUAUAGCAAAGGAGGCAGGUCUUAUUGUUGAAAAAUCGAAACAAGAGCUUCAACGCAGGAAUUUGAAGUAUCGAAGAGGAAAGCCUCCUGUUAAUGUUAGUGGGAAAAUUGUAAUACUUGUCGAUGACGGAAUUGCAACGGGUGCAACUAUGAAGGCCGCAUACAAAUCUCUUCAAGAAAUGAAACCAAAAAAGAUCGUUGUUGCAGUGCCAGUUGGUGCACCAGACACAAUUAAUGAGAUAAAUAAUGAGGUCGAUGAUGUAAUCUGUCCGCUGCAACCUGCUUUUUUGAUGGGUAUCGGUAUGUGGUAUUUGAACUUUGAUCAGACCGAGGAUGCAGAAGUGCUCGACCAUUUAACAAAAGCCGAAUCACAAUUUCCUGUUCCAACCGUGUCCCCUCACGAGUCCGAAAAACUCCAAGAGAAGAACGUUGUUGAACUGAACAAAGGAUCAUGA